CAUGACAGAUCAAUCUAACAAUACAGAUACAUAUUUAUCUGCCAAUCACGAAAAGGCAACUAGCGUGCAAGAAAGAAUUGUGUUUUUUUCCAAAAUAGAUGAAAACCAGACCGCAAAUGCAGAAAAGUCUGCAACAAAAGUGGAAACUAGUGCUAAAGAAUUACAAAAUAGACAGAUUGUAGAAAACGUUGAAAUUGAAAAGAUUAAAGAAAGCAAAGAAACUAACAAUCAUCAUCUUGUUAUUGAGGGAGCUCAAUUAUUUUACAUAGCACCUACAGGAGUAGUUUCUGCACCAUCGUAUCCUUCCCAAUUAACAAUUUCUCCAAUUGCAAUUGACGCAAAUAAUGAAAAUUCAUUGCCCGCUGUCGAAUUGAAAUUAGGCUCCUGGUCUUAUGCGCUGGUACCUGAUAUAUCUCCCGUUUUUAAAUCAGAUUAUGGCUCAUUUAUAUUCCCCAAUGAGGAAAUGGGACUAGAACAUUCAGUUGGUGUUAUUCUCCCCCAAACAACAUCUGAAUACGAUAAACAGAGUUUUGAGAAUAUAAUACAAGAAUAUUCUAUGCUAAAAAUUUCAGGAGAAUAUGGAAGAGACGAAGAGAAAACCAAAAGCGAAAUAGUAACUUUACUGACAGCUGCGGGUUGGAUUGCCACAGGUGUUUUUAACGGCGUCUCCAAAUUAGGAGGAGCAGGCUUAAGGGAUAGGCUAACCCCAAGCGCAGAGGAGGUAAAUGUUAAGCCAGAGGUGCAGAAUAGCUUACAAAUCGUACGGCAGUGCAGUGAAGUAGCAGCAAAUAUUUCAUCUUCAGUCGUUAAUUACUUAAGCGGUGCUGUAAUUAAGGGAGCUACUUUCGCCGGCCCGCACUUACGAAAAGGAACGGAAAAAGUUCUUCCAGAUAGUUGGACUAAGGUCAAAGAUACGAAAAAUAGAUCAAGAUUAGAUAAUGCCAUACUAAUUGGUUCCGGAGGUUUCAAGGGCAUGUUUAAAGUUUUCGUUAGUCUUGAGAAUGCUGCCGCAGUUUUGGCUAAAAGUUUAGCCGAGGAAUCAAUAAAAACCAUGAGACAUAAAUAUGGAGAACAGAGUGGGAUGGCCACUGAAAAUGUUCUAUGCAGCGCUAUGAAUAUAGGAAUGGUUGGCGAAAUGGUUGAGAACUGA